AUGAGUUGCUCGAAUGAAAGCUUUUUGUUAGAAACUGAUGAUUUUUAUUUGUAUUCUCUACACAUUCUUACUUCGUUUGAAGUGCCUAUUCAUAUCUUUGGAGCAUAUAUAAUUAUGUCAAAAACUCCGAAGGCAUUUUUAGAUUUUUAUAUCAGUUUCUUGACGUCCCCAGUUCUAUCUCUCCCAGCAAGUGCCUGAUAUCCAUUGGGAUUAUCAUUAUGGUUGAAUGUUCCAGCAUCUAUUCAGGUUUAUUUAGGAUUCUCCCUUGUUAGCGGUUAGUUGAAAUUAGCAUUUCAAAAUUAAAUUGUUUUUUAUAGUUGUCAGUGCUUCGAUUGUCUUACUUUUUGAAGACCGAUACUGUGUUCUAGGGAAUGGAAUAUCUGUAAAAUUUUUUUUUUUGAAGCGGAAAAUAUAUUCUAUAAAUUUGUAUAUAAUGUCAUUCAUGUUUAUGUCUCCCAGUUAUUUUACGAUACCUGACCAAAACGAAGGGAAAUUUUCUAUCAUGCAGGUAUUUUUAAAGUUUAAAAAUGUGUCUCAUAAAGUGUUCCAGGAAAUUCCCAGUUUUCCAUUUAAUGUUUUCAAUCGACCUGGUUUUUUAUCCUUGCUGUAGAUGCAACUCUUACUGCACUUUGUGUUUCAUUAAUGGCUUCUUUUUUGAUGAUUCAAGGUUUAUUUUUUGCUAUUUCCAUUGUAUGGCAGAUGUCAUAAAACUCAUCUUCGAGAUCAAAAGUUGUGAAUAAAAUGCAAAAACAAUUGAUAAUAGCUCUAGGAAUUCAAGUAACAAUACCUAUAUUCGUGUUUUUUGUUCCUAUGUCAAUUCUGGUUAUUAUGAUUAUAAAAAAUCAAGUUAACCAAGGUACUUAUUUUAUUGUAUUUUAUUUAAAAUUAAAGAUACACGAUCUUGAUAUUUUAGCAGCCACAAAUAUUUGCGUUAUUCUGGUUGCACUUCAUGGAAUAGUUUCAACUAUAACAAUGCUCAUUGUUCACAAACCAUAUCGAGAAACUGUUUCAAGUAUAUUCAAUUGUUUAAUAUCCAAUAAAACACUGCCCGUGAAUAGAUCUCAAGUUUGGAUUACCGUUGGUGAACACAAAAUUUUUGCUAAAAACGCAAGCUAA